CUUGCUGUCAAAUAGUUGCUUUCUAUUGACGUGUCGGCAGAAAAUUGCCCCGUUUCUCAAAUUUGUGUGAAGUUGGUAUUUCUGCAACUUCUGGUUACUAUUUUCGUACUUUUAAAAUGAUAAGCUGCAGAUUAUUCGUAGUGCUAGCGUCACUACUCGUAGCGCCACUGUCGAAUGGAUUAUAUUUUCACAUUGGCGAAACUGAACGCAAAUGUUUCAUCGAAGAAAUACCAGAUGAAACAACCGUAGUAGCUAACUACAAGGUGGAACUGUAUGAUCCACGGUCCGGAGGAUUUAUGCCAUCUUCGCCCGGAAUCGGAAUGCACGUCGAAAUAAAGGAUCCUGAUGAUAAGACGAUCCUGUCCCGUGUGUACAGCUCUGAAGGUCGCAUUUCUUUCACCUCUCACAUACCCGGAGAACAUGUGCUGUGUAUGUAUUCUAACAGUACCGCAUGGUUCAGUGGAUCCCAGCUACGGGUACAUUUGGACAUUCAGGUCGGAGAACACACGAUCGAUUACGCCAAUGUUGCGCAGAAGGAAAAACUAACCGAAUUGCAGUUACGCAUCCGUCAGCUAUUGGACCAGGUGGAUCAAAUUACUAAGGAACAGAACUAUCAGAGAUAUCGUGAGGAACGCUUCCGGCAAACGAGCGACAGCACCAACCAGCGUGUGUUGUGGUGGUCUCUUGCUCAAACGCUAGUGCUGCUGAUAAUGGGAUUCUGGCAGAUGAGGCAUCUUAAGAGCUUCUUCGAGGCAAAGAAACUAGUAUAAACGAGAUAAAGUAAUGCACGACUAAGUGAUUCACAAACUGCAACUUUUUUGUGGAAAUAAAUUAAAGUAACAGCCUACAAAAA